UUUUGUAGCUAGCAACAUAUGCUGGUUUUAUUUUUCAAAACCAUUUAACAAUCUAAUCAAAUAGUUAAGGUUAAUAUUCCCAAAAAAAAAUAAAAAUAGUUAAGGUUAAUGUUGAAUAUAUGAAGUCUAUAAAAGGAGAAAAAGAUACAUAUGCUACUUCAUCAUUCUAAAGCCAUUAGACACAGCCACAGGCUACUCAUAAUUCACUAUGAGAGCACACAUAAUCUUUUUCCUUUUCUUUAUACCAUUCAGCUUAAUAAAUUCCAUCACUAACAAUUUUGUUGUAAAUGGAUACUGUCUUGGCCAUGAACAUUCCUUGUUGCUCCAUUUGAAAAACAACCUCACAUAUAACCCCAAAAAAUCCUCAAAACUAGUUCAUUGGAACCAAAGUGAUGAUGAUUGUUGCCAAUGGCAUGGAGUAACAUGCCAAGAUGGACAUGUUACAACCCUUGAUCUUAGUCAGGAGUCUAUUUCAAAAGGACUUAAUGACUCAAGUGCUGUUUUCAACCUGCAAUCUCUGCAGAGUUUGAAUUUGGCUUUUAAUAACUUUCGUUCGAUGAUUCCUCAACAGCUACAUAAGCUGCAGAAUUUGAGGUAUCUAAACUUGUCUAAUGCUGGCUUUGAGGGAGAGGUCCCAAUGGAAAUUUCUCAACUCACAAAGUUGGUUACUCUUGAUUUGUCUUCUUUAGUAACUUCACAUCACAGCCUAAAACUUGAGAAGUCAAAUCUAGAGAUGCUAGUGCAAAACCUCACAUAUAUCACAGAAUUGUAUCUAGAUGGUGUAGUAAUAUCAGCUAGCGGAGAGGAAUGGGGUCGUCCUUUAUCUUUAUUGGAGGGGCUUCGAGUUUUGAGCAUGUCAUCAUGCAAUCUCUCUGGACCUAUUGAUUCUUCACUAGCUAAGCUUCAGUCACUCACUGUCCUAAAAUUGAGCCACAACAAUCUGUCCAGCACUCCUAAUUUCUUUGCAAAUUUCUCCAAUUUAAUCACCCUACAUCUCAGUAGUUGCGGCUUGAAUGGUUUUUUCCCAAAAGAUAUCUUCCGAAUGCACACAUUAAAGGUCCUUGAUAUAUCACACAAUCAAAAACUUAACGGUUCUUUGCCGGACUUCCCACCACUUGCAUCUCUUCAAUACCUGAACCUUGCCAAUACAAAUUUCUCAGGACCACUUCCAAACUCUAUUUCCAAUUUGAAGCAGUUAACAACCAUUGAUCUAUCUUACUGCCAAUUUAAUGGAACACUUCCGAGUUCAAUGUCAGAACUCACCGAACUUGUUUAUUUAGACCUAUCUUCAAAUAACCUCUCAGGUCCACUCCCUUCUUUCAACAUGUCAAAGAACCUCACAUAUCUAUCAGUAUCUCUCAAUCAUUUGAGCGGAGAUUUACCAUCCAGCCAUUUUGAGGGACUCAUAAAUCUAGUCAGCAUUGAUUUAGGGUUCAAUUUAUUCAAUGGAAGCAUGCCCGCAUCGCUACUUAAGCUCCCAUAUUUGAGAGAACUAAAGCUUCCCUCUAACCAACUCCGUGGUUUCUUGGGUGACUUUGACAGUUCUCCUAUAUUGGAGAUGCUUGAUUUGAGCAGUAAUAACUUACAAGGGAAAAUUCCUAUGUCCAUCUUUAAGCUCAGAACAAUUCGUGUCAUUCAACUUUCUUCCAACAAGUUUAACGGCACAAUACAAUUGGACAUCAUUCGAAGGCUAAGUAAUUUAACUCUACUAGGCCUCUCACAUAACAAUUUGUCGGUUGAUAUCAACUUCAGAGACGAUCAUGACUUGUCACCUUUUCCAAAGAUAAGAAGUGUUUUGUUGGCUACCUGCAAGUUAAGGGGAAUUCCAAAUUUCUUGAGAAAUCAGUCCACAAUGAUAUCUCUUGACCUAUCUGGAAACGAGAUUGAAGGACCAAUACCUAAUUGGAUUUGGCAACUUGAAUCUCUCAUGAGCUUGAACCUUUCCAAGAACUCACUAACUAAUUUUGAGGGGAGUUUUCAGAACUUGAGUUCUAACCUUUUUACGAUUGAUCUUAGUUCUAACAAACUCGAAGGGCCAAUUUCAUACAUCCCAAAGUAUGCAAAUUAUUUGGACUACUCAAGCAACAAGUUGAGCUCUAUCAUACCUCCAGACAUCGGAAACUAUCUCCCUUUCCUAAAUACAUUGUUUCUUUCAAACAAUAGUUUUAAGGGAGAAAUCCAUGAAUCCUUUUGCAAUGCUUCAAAUCUUCGCUUGCUAGAUCUUUCUUCCAACAACUUUGACGGGAUGAUUCCUAAGUGUUUUGCAGCAUUGAGUAGCACACUCAGAAUGUUAAACUUUGGAGGAAACAAGCUUCGAGGAUAUAUUCCUGAUACUAUAUCCCCAAAUUCAUGUGCACUAAGAUAUUUGGAUCUAAGUGACAAUCUCUUGAAGGGUAGCAUACCAAAAUCGUUUGCUAAUUGCAAUAAGCUGCAAGUCCUAAACCUUGGAAAGAAUGCUUUAAGUGACAAAUUUCCAUGCUUCUUGAGCAAGAUUUCCACCCUGAGAAUCAUGGUUUUAAGAUCUAACAUGCUCCACGGGUCUAUUGGGUGCCCAAAUAGCACUACUGAUUGGGAGAUGCUUCAUAUUGUUGAUCUAGCCUCCAAUAACUUGAGCGGAACAAUACCAGGAACAUUGUUAAACAGUUGGAAGGCAAUGAUGCGUGAUGAAGGUGUGCUUGGACCAGAAUUUGGCCAUUUGUUUUUUGAAAUCAACGAUAACUUCCACCCUAGGAGUUUGAAAGACGUGCUACCACAUUUGAACAAAUAUCUUGCAAUGAAAUUAGUAAAACUUGUAGGGAACAUGCCCCGUUCAAUCCUUGACCAGGGGCUCGCUGAUGAUAAUUCAGUGGAUCUUGCUCGUUAUCAAGAUUCAGUUAUUAUUGUCAACAAAGGUCAACAAAUGAAGCUUGUUAAAAUUCAAAUGGCAUUCACAUAUGUGGAUAUGUCAAACAACUAUUUGGAAGGGCCAAUACCCAAUGAGCUAAUGCAAUUCAAGGCAUUGCAUGCACUGAACUUGUCACACAAUGAAUUUAUUGGCCACAUACCAUCAACUGUGGGAAAUUUGAAGAAUCUCGAGUCUUUGGACUUGUCAAAUAACUCUUUCAACGGAAUGAUUCCUCAAGAGCUUUCAAGUUUAUCUUUCCUAGGAUAUCUUAAUCUCUCGUUCAAUCACUUAGAGGGACGAAUUCCUUUGAGUACUCAAAUCCAAACAUUUGAUGCAGAUUCCUUCAAAGGGAAUGAAGGGUUAUGUGGUUCUCCAUUGACCAACAAUUGCAACGGUGAUGGAGCGCAGGGGCUUUCACCGGCAUCUGAAUCGUCUCAUUCUCAUAAUAAGAGCUCAAUUGAUUGGAGUUUCUUAAGUGUGGAGAUGGGAUUUAUUUUUGGCUUUGGAUUUUUCAUUCUCCCUCUUAUUUGUUGGAAGAAAUGGAGGUUGUGGUAUUCCAAAUAUGUUGAUGAGAUGCUUUACAAGAUCAUCCCACGACUUGAUUUUGGGUUUGAACAACAUGAAGGGAAGAGGUAUAGAAUUUUGAGGUGGAGGUACUGAUUGCAGAACUCUAGGGUUUAAUUUGAUGUUAUAUCUUCAACAAGUUGUCAUCUUUCUUAGUUUUCAAGAAAUAGUGUCAAAAUAAGUAUUGAAUGGAUUGUGUCCAUGAAUAAGGUAGAGACAAGUGAUAAAUCAAAUAAUUAGAUUCGACAUUUUUCCGUCUAUUCAAUGGAUUGUAAUAUACAGUUUAUUUUACCUGUAGUUUUGUCUUGAAGUUGUAUCUUGUUCUGUAAGUAUCAUCUAUCAACUGCAAACUUAAUCUAUCCCUUCUUCUCAGUCACAAUUAUUGAUAUUAGUUCUGACUUCUUAGUAGUACAACAAUGCUCUCUAAGCUUUGUGCCGCAUUGAUAUGCACUAAUAUUUGCCUUUUUAACAUCUUUUCAACAUUUGACACGCAUCAUAAUCAACAUUGAAAAAGCAAUUAGACAAGCAAUAAAACUCACAUCAGAAGGUUAAAAGUUAAAAAUAAGUCAAAAAAAUUUAAUAAA